AUGAUGGCAGCGCCGGAGCCGGAAGUGAUAUCCUCUGCCGCAGUACCCGCCGAUUUGGAGUGGUUUGACAAGGCCAAGCAGACGCAAGUUUCCGAGCUAGAACUCGUUGAUCCUACCAUGGCCCAAGGACCUCCCAACCCAUCGGAAAGCUUUUGCCCCCGAGACUGCAUUGUGCCCGUCGUGUUUUCCGGGCCUGUGAGCCAGGAAGGCUGCUGCCGGUUUACUUGUGAACUUCUAAAGCAUAUCAUGUACCAACGCCAGCAACUCCCUCUGCCCUAUGAGCAACUUAAACACUUCUACCCAGAAUCUCCUCAGGCAGAGGAUGCGGUGAGGAUGAAACCUUGGUCUGCCGCUGAGGCAAACAACAAGAAAUCUCAGCAGACCCUGGCAGAACUGGAGAGCGUCUUCAGCCACCUGGAGAGCCUCUUUGCCCGGACCCUGGUACCACGAGUGCUGAUCCUCCUUGGGGGCAGCACUCUGAACCCCAAGGAGUUCUAUGAGCUCGACUUGUCCCAACUGGUCUCAGACAGCGAGGAACAGAGCCUGAGCACAGCAGCUUGUUUGCGCUAUCUCUUCCGAGCCAUUUUCAUAGCUGAUGUCUUCAGUGAACUUCAGACUCCUCCACUUAUGGGUACCACCAUUAUGGCACAGGGGCAUCGCGACUGUGGAGAAGAUUGGUUUCGACCUAAGCUCAACUACCGAGUGCCCAGCCGGGGCAACAAACUAACUGUUACCCUGUCCUGCGGCAGGCCACUCAUCUCAGCCACAGCCUGGGAGGAUUACGUCUGGUACCAGGCACCAGUGACGCUUAAAGGCUUCUACUAA